GGGCCUUUUUCCAAUCUAUGGAUUCUCCCAUAUGUCAGACAUUAGUCGAGAAAGCAAAUUUAGAUGACGUAUGGAGCUAGCUACAUAUUUUACAUAUAUGGUAUAAUUUUUAUUAUUUCCUUCCAAUUUAACAAAGAAAUCCCGUGUCUCACGGUAACUUAAGGUUACAUUAGCCUGUGGGCUACACUACGGAAUUACAGAGGGAAGGAUCUGCGACGUGUGAAAACCACUGAACUUUCAACGGACUGAAGUAGUUCAGUCGCCAGUCCGCUUCAAGUUAUGGAAUAAAACUGCCUGCCACUGAAAACAUGAACCCACCAGAGCGAGUUGCUUCAGGUAUAACUCCAGUACCAGGAGCGGAGGUCUCCAAGCUACACGGUCAGGCUGUACCAGGCGUGCCUAUUGGCAAGCAGCUAACAGAGCCAGGACGAUUCGCAUACGCUGCCUUGUGUGGCGUGUCUCUCGGCCAGCUCUUUCCAGGAUCUGAACAAAGGACGUUUCGGGAACAGUACCUGGAAGGUAUAGUGCAGUGGUUGGGUCUUGAUGACUCUGUCAUGCCAGUCAUGCAAGCCUUUCUGGCAGGUCUUGGGUGUGAAGGUAGUGACACCUUCCUGUCCAUCCUGCAAGCAGAGCCCUUGCUCAGCACAGGAGUGUUACGUGUCAUACAGGACCUUCUUUCCUUCUCUGUCAAAGAUGGCCAGUAUGAUGCCAGGGCCCGUGUCCUUAUUCGACACGUCAGCUGCCUGCUACGUGUGUGCCCUCAGCAGCUGGAGGACUUUGAGGAGACACUGGGAGAGCGGUUGAGCGAGGGAGGAGAGGAGAGCGAGGAGGAGUCAUCAAGAAGACGUAAAAAGGAGAGGGGACGCAAACUACGCCGUUAUUUGCUGAUAGGCCUCGCCACGGUUGGUGGGGGCACAGUAAUCGGCGUGACGGGGGGUCUGGCCGCUCCCCUGGUAGCGGCAGGAGCUGGGGCAGUGUUGGGUGCGGGAGGGGCUGCUGUUCUGGGAUCAGCCGCUGGCAUCGCCAUUAUGGCUUCUCUUUUUGGUGCUGCGGGAGCUGGCUUAGCCGGCUAUAAGAUGAAUAAGCGGGUGGGUGCGAUCGAAGAGUUUGAGUUCCUUCCUAUGAGCCCUGGGAAGCACCUCCACCUGACUGUGGCUGUAACAGGAUGGCUGAGCAGUGGAAAAUACAGUUCCUUCCAGGCUCCGUGGAGCAGUCUGGGUGCAUGCGGGGAGCAGUACUGUCUGAAAUGGGAAUCACGCUAUCUGCGGGACCUGGGCUCUGUCCUUGACUCCCUGUGGGAUGGUCUAGUUAGCAUCGUGGCACAGGAGGCUCUCAAAUACACUGUGCUUUCAGGCAUUGUUACAGCUCUGACCUGGCCGGCGUCCCUGCUGGCAGUUGCAAGCGUGAUCGACAACCCGUGGGGGGUAUGUCUGAGCCGUUCAGCUGAGGUGGGCAAGCACCUGGCCCAGGUCCUCCGCAGCAGACAGCAGGGAAAGCGGCCCGUUAGUCUGAUUGGCUUCAGCCUUGGAGCACGGGUCAUCUACUUCUGCCUAGAAGAGCUUGCCAACGAUCAAGGUAGUGAGGGUGUCAUAGAGGAUGUCGUUUUGCUAGGAGCACCCGUGGACGGAUCCGAGAAAACGUGGGAGCGCAUCUCCAGGGUUGUUGCUGGGAAGAUCAUCAACGGAUAUUGCAGAGGAGAUUGGCUUCUUGGAUUCCUAUAUAGAAGUUCAGCUGUUCAGCUGUCUGUGGCCGGACUGCAACCAAUCAGCUCAAAAUCUCACCGGAUAAUUAAUGUAGAUUUGUCAUCUGUGGUGAAAGGUCACUUGGACUAUGUUCAUCAGAUGGACACUAUCCUCGUAGCUGUCGGUGUUCCUACCAAAGAGGGAGCUGGAACAAUAUGUGGGCAUCCUCAGUCAGUGGUUUUAGCUCGGGGAAAAGUGGACUCGCCAGAGAUGCAGUCCGCCAAAGAGAGUGGACAAAAAGUGGAAAACUCCAUCACGGACUCAAAGGAAACUGAGGAGUUCAGCACAAAAGAAGACUUUAGAAACACUGAAGGAAAGGAAUGCAGCGCCGGGACAGAGAACGAGGAUGGGUGGGACAUUCCAGAUAUAUCUGAUUUACUGGACUCUCUGAGUGACUCCAACCCAGUUCGAAAGGACAGCAGCUCUUCCAGAAAAAGCACUGACUCUCAGUACCAAGGGAAGGACAGAGCUGAAGGCAGCACAGACACUGAGCACGUCCCUUGGGAUUGGAACACCACACAUUGGACUACUGAACACACAAACCACCCAACAUGAACUGAAUGCAACACACAGGAGCAGAGAGCCAAUGGCAAACCAUCUGCAACAUGACAUACAUACUCUCUUCAUACCCUAGUCACUGAACACUCAGUGACAAAAUAUACAGAUUCAGAUGACAAUGUAUGUUCGGCCAGUAAUUUCCAGCACUUGUGCUGGAGUAUUACUACACUAUACAGCACAGAGGUUUCAAUCUCUAAAACAACCAAUUCAACUCAUCAUCAUGAGGCAUUUCAUGACUUGCACCAGUGCAAUGAAAACAUUAAACUGUAGGUUGGUACUACAGGACUGGGAUGAUGCAUCAGGGAUAAAACUGGAAUCUUGCUGAUAUGUUUAAACCUGUCAGUGUUAAAAUAUUUUAGAUUGCGUCAUAUUGUCAAAAGACAUUUUAUUUUAUGGCAAAGGGCUUUGUUGGAAUUGUGCUCAGAUUUUCUCACCUCCUGAAACCAAGUGUUGACUCUUAAUUAACUCAAUACAGCUUCACAGGCUGACACUUGACAUUGUGGUGGAUAUUGGUGAUAUUCCUUUCACUCUUGUCUCCUCUUCCUUAUGUUGUUAUGGUUAUUAUGGUAAUGCUAGAAGUGAGAGAUGUCGCAUGCUCUGCAAUUCGUUAAAUGCUUGUAAUUCUG